UCGAGUGAUGGCGAAGCAGCGCGGCGGUGGGAAGCUCGGGGGCGGCUUUUGCUCCGCUGCUCAUGGCUCGGCAGGGAGCAGCAACGCAGCCCCCGGGGCCGCCACCGCUGGGGAGUAUUGCAAGCGGGUGCAGGAGUGGCUGUGGCAGUAUUACAGCUACGUGCAAUGGCAGAGUUGGAUGAUGAUGAUGGCCCCGCUGCCGCCUUACUACCCUCUCCCCGCCGUUGCAGCCAGGCAGGGCGAAGGAGCUGCUGCGGCCGUGCCCGGCACCAACAACGCUUACGGUCCCUUUUCGCUGUUUGCUCCCUACUUCGGGGCUCCGGCGGGAGCGCAGACCCCAGGCGAGCAGCCUCCAGUACAGCAGGAGGUGGCAACAUCGUCGGCCAACGGUGUCAGACCUCCAGCCGCCAAUGCUCAGCAGCAGGCGGGGAACGUACAACCGGGAGGACGCGAGUAUACUAUCCCGUCACUGAUGCAUCGAUUCCUUGCAGAGAUGGUGGAUUUUCUAAUCCUUUUCCUAUUGAAAGCUGUUGUGGUGCUGACAGUGAUGCACAUCUGCGGGAUCAAAGAUCUUUCUAAGUUUGCACUCAAUUACAUAAUUGAAGAAAUUGAUGAAGACACCUCUCUGGAAGACCUUCAGAAAAUGAUGGCUGUAGCACUGAUGUACAGGCUGUUGGUCUGUUUCUAUGAGAUUGUUUGCCUGUGGGGAGUUGGCGGGGCUACACCUGGCAAGUUUCUGCUGGGGUUACGAGUCGUAUCCUGUGACAGCUCAGUGCUAGUUGCUCCUAAUCGGGUGCUGGUGGUCCCGGCACACAACGUGAGCAUCUCAUCGUCUGCAAUAAGAGCAUUAAUCAAGAAUUUUUCAAUUGCCUUUUUUUUCCCGGCCUUUGUUACAUUACUGUUCUUCCAACAUAAUCGCACAGCCUAUGAUAUUGUAGCUGGGACUAUUGUGGUCAAGAGAAAUGGAGUGAGAUGAAGAUGCCACAGAAGACUUGUAUAUAUUUUCAAACUACUGUGGUUCUGCAUCAUUCAGAAGAUGGGGGAGAAAGCACCCUUUGCUGACCGCAGCCCAGGAUCUUGUGCAAGGCCGAGCGGACAAUGAACACACAUACCUGCCAAUGUCAUAACAUUCCAGAAAUGGGAGUUAAUCUGUUCUCAUGGUUGAUACGGUGGUCCUUUAUGGGUCAGGAUUGACCUCACAUUAGAAAUUUGCAUAAUGUUGACAUUUGUCUCAAUCAUUGAGAAGUAUAUUCUAUUAAUACCAAUGUAAAAUUGAUAAGUUGUACAGGAUUCAUUUCACAUUUUGCCCAUUCUUUCAUUUUAGUCCUUUCCUCAUUGCAAGUCUACAUGUGAGAAAAUCUCCUUUAGCUCCGUCCUAUGGGUCAUGAGGAAACCAAAACUUGUACCCAGUGUUCUGAUAGUUAUCAGCCCCCACUUGAAAUAAUUGGACAGUUUGCCUGUAAAAUUGUUUUUAUCCUAAAGCUUUAGCUAAUAUACAGGAGAAAAUGUGUGGAGAAAUGAAAAGAAUCUUUGACAUUGUAUUUGACUUCCCAUAUGUGGGGAAGUAUCCAUUGUCUCUGAAGCCAAUGCCUAUUUCACAAUGAUAAAUCUCUACAUGCUCAGUAUUAGUUUGACUUCUGUGGAUUAUGAAAUGUUUUGAGCAAAAAUGUUCAAAAUAAUAAGAUUGAUUCAAGAAAAUGUUUUAAUUGGAUAUUUUGUAUGCAGUUCAGUGAUUUCUGUUUUCUUUAUAGCAUGCUCGCACAAUUGCUAUUGUGGUUUAAGAUGUACCAUGCCACUUGGCUCAACUUUUGCUUGUUAGACCAAGCCAAUACUGCAGUGUAACUUGUACUGCUCCAGGCCUUUUCCUCCAUCAUUAUGGAUAUUGUCGCCUGCAAGUUUGUUUUAACCAAAAACAUUUGCAAAGGUUAAAAUAUAUAGAAUAUUAAUUUUUUUUUAAGGAGCACUUCCUUGUGUGCAGCCUUUUGCCACAUCUUGCUAAAUGUAUCCCUGUGGUUGUGACAGUUCUUGCUCAGGCUUGUGUAAAAUGGAGCUGAAUAGAGUACCAGGUGAGGUCCUUGUACGGUCACUCCAAUGAACAGUAAUCAUCCAAAGGGUUAAUUUUUCUUCUAUUAAAUCUGAGCCUGAAAGGGUGACUUAAGGUGGUAAUUUGCAAGUAUUAGUUGUCAAGUAUAGAGCCUGUAAGUUAACUGAUUUUUUUUAAAUAAGGCAUAUCCAUUAAUUUACAAAAAUACUAUCUCCAUGGAUUUUAAAUUUUAAAUAUUUUUGAAUUAUUUUCAUUAUGUUGAGAAGCUACCCAGUUAUUUCCAUUGACACAAUGUUAAUAUUGACUCAGAAGUUCAAAAAUAUCCAGUUUUAUAACUUAUGACCUGGUAAAAAGAUUUAGUUCAGUGCAGAAUCAGAAUAUUCUGCUUUUCAAGUUAGGUUAAUGUACUGGCAUUCAGCAAGUGCCAGCUAACUUGUUUGAUUAAUUUUGGAUGCUUAAUUAAUUUAGGGACAUUUACCUACAGCAUAAGAACACUUGUUUUAGAUGGUAGAGGUCAAGAUGGUACUAUUGAUAUGAGGAAGCAAAAUGAAAUGACAUCUUCAGUAUUUGUUGAUCUAUUGCAGUGUCAUGCAUUCAUUAAAGCUUUUGAAAACAGUGUUGAAGGCAAGAUUGACAGCUAUAGUCACUGCCUCUAUUUCCUUGAACAAUACACAAGGUCAUGCUAGAGAACUUGCCAGACUGUUGGCUGUAAGAAAAGAUGUCUAAAGGCUAAGGCUUUACUGCCAAAUCUGAAGAUGUGAAGGCUCUUCAAGAUUAGUCUUUUUCUUGGAGGCCAUUGCAAUGCCAUGGAAGAAGUGCAGUACAUGCAUGAGCUGGAGGUGUCUGCUACCAUAUCAAUUGUUGUAAAGAAAUUGUCCUAUGACCUUGGGGAUAAAUGGAGAAUGGUGGUCUGUAAACUACAAGGAAGAUUACUGACAUUGUUGAUUUUAUAGAAAGGUAAGUAAAGAUUGUUACACACCCAGUGUUUCAGGAUACGUGAUGCUACAUCACUGGCAAUAAGCAAAGGUGUAAACAAAACUAAGUCAUAAUUUUGUUUUAAGUUUAAAGGAAACAGCUUUGCCACUACUGUGAGUACUGAGAAGUAAAGCUGAAACUGAACCUAGAACUAAUGGAAAGGAAAUGGUCUCCUCAGCCAAAAUGCAUUGGAUUUGUUUACUCAGCUGGAGAAAAAGGCUCAUAGGGAGAAGAUUGCCUUCCUAAAAGAAGCAUCCCAACAUACUUCAUAUUCACUCUAACAAAAAGAGUGUAGAACCAAAACAAGCUAUGAAAGAAUCAGACUCAGCAGUGAGUAGUGCCCUGGCUGGUGAUGGUGAUGGAAAACUUCCCAUAGUUCCAUUCCAGCACAAGUGAAGUCUAAGAAGGGUAACAUGACAGUGGUUAUUUGUUGUUUUUCCUAAAUCCAAGAAGUACAGCAGUGUUCUCAACAGUGAGCCUCAUGAACACGCUCAACCGCAGAAAAAAGGACACUCGAGAAGAUCGUAAGUAGUUGUUUCAGGAUUGGAAGUGGCUGGCUUAGAUAGUGAAAACUAUUGAAAACUACCUAACGUCUAUAUGUUGGAAAGUAUGCCUGUCCACAAAUGGAACAUUCAAUGACAGAGGGAUGGUCUCAACUGAAAUGUGUCCAUUUGCCAGAGAUUAUUCAGAAAUUGAAUGUGCUUAAAGCAUUGGAAUCAUUGCAAGUGAGUUGCAAUGUUAAUGGUGGACCCUGUGCAAUUAGAACAAUGUUGCAUUGGACUGUGAACGGACCACUGAAAGGAGACUAUAGUGAUGGAAGAGACUGCACAGCCAGAGCGGAUAGUUAACAGUAUCUCGGUUUUGAACUUGGAUGAGCUUUGGCAGCAGCAGUUCAAGACAGACUUCCCUGAAAACACUCAGGAUGAACAACCUGGUCUAUUAAGAGUGGAUCACAAGUUCAUGGAGCUGGUUAUGAAUUAUGUAAAACUGGUGGAUGGCCACUACUAGAUAAAUGUUACCUUUAAGAAAGAAAUAGAUUAACAUGCCAAAUAAUGGGAAGAUUGCUGAAGACUGCUCUAAAUCAAGGAAAGAGGUUUAAGAAAGACUUGUCAUUUUAUACUGACUACACAGCUUUCCGAAGGUUAUGCUGGCAGAGGAUCUGGAAUGCAGUUCCUGGGAAAGUCUGGUAUAUUCCACAUCAUGGUGUUUAUCACCCCAGAAAAGGGAAACUGUUGUGUUUGAUUUUGGAGCGAUUGUUCAGUGAAUAUCACUUAAUGCUCGGCUUUUACAGGGCCCAGAUCUUACUAGCUCACUGAUUGGAGUCAUUAUCAGAUUCAGAAAAGAACCAUUGGUGAUCAUGGCAGAUAUUGAAUUAAUAUUUCAUCAAGUUAAAGUAUCAGCAGAAGAUGCAGAUCUGCUGAGGGUUCUUUGUUGGCCUUAUGGUGACCUUAGCCAAGAUAUGGUGGACUUAAGAAUGGUGAUACUUCUCUUUGGAGCAACUUCACUCUUAGAAAGUUCACAGAAGACAAUGAAGAACAGUUCAGUCUUCAGUUGGUGGAUAAGGUUUUGCAUUAAGUCUGUUGAUGGCUGGCUUGUGUUAGUGUCCUCUGUGGUAGAAGUGGUGUCUCUAUCAUGACCUUGUAUCUAUUUCUGCUUAAGGUGGCUUUCAACUCAAAAUGGAUAAGUAAGACAUACUGUGCUGGCUGUGAUACCAGAAGAGCAAAGAGUGAAAUACAUGAAGGAUUUGGAUCAACAUAUCUUCAGUGGAAAUAGUAUGGAAUGUCCAAAGGUGAUGUCUGAUACUUCAAAAUUUAAGAUCGCAAUCCAAAAUAGACCACUCACCAGAAGGGGCAUCCUCACCACAGUUAGUUCUAUCUAUGUUCCUUUAGAAGCCUUGAGUCUGGCGAUGCUGUCUGCUAAGGAACUGCAGGAUCUAUGUAAUAAAGGAUUUGGCUGGGAUGGCACUAUCAGUUGCUCAUGAGUGGACAAGUUGGCUGGAAGAACUCUGCCAGUUGGAAGACUUCAAGGUUAUUAGAUGUUUGAAACCUCUGGAUUUUGGAAAAAUUACUGCUGUACAGUUUACAGAUGCAAACAAAGAUGGCUAUGGAGCAGGGACCUCAUAGUCAUACUUUAUUGAUCCCGGGGGAAAUUGGUUUUCGUUUCAGUUGCACCAUAAUAAAUAAUUAAACCAUAAAUAGUUAAAUAGUAAUAUGUAAAUUAUGCCAGGAAAUAAGUCCAGGACCAGCCUGUUGGCUCAGGGUGUCUGACCCUCCAAGGGAGGAGUUGUAAAGUUUGAUGGCCACAGGCAGGAAUGACUUCCUAUGAUGUUCUGUGCUGCAUCUCGGAGCAAUGAGUCUCUGGCUGAAUGUACUCCUGUGCCCACCCAGUACAUUAUGUAGUGGAUGGGAGACAUUGUCCAAGAUGGCAUUCAACUUGGACAGCAUCCUCUUUUCAGACACCACCGUCAGACGGUCCAGUUCCAUAACCAAAACAUCACUGGCCUUACGCAUGAUAAGGGACCUACUUAUUGUUUUACAAUAGGAACUCAAAAGUGCACGGUACUUUUAUCAUGGGGAGAAUCUAAGGUAGCUUUGUUGAAGUCAGUUUCCAUCCCUCAUAUGGAGCUCACUGCUGCUACAGUGCCAAACUGUGUGGACACAUUGUGGAGGAAAGAGUUGCACAUGCAGCUUCAUGACUUGUUUUGGACUGAUAGUACUUCUGUACUGAUAUACAUUAAGAAUGCAACUUCCAGGUUCCAAACUUCCAUUGGUAAUAGUGUUUCAGAAAUUCUUAGUCUCAAGCUUCUCAAUGGAGAUAGAAACAUAGAAAACCUACAGCACAAUACAGGCCCUUCAGCCCACAAAGUUGUGCUGUACAUGUCUCUACCUUAGAAAUUACUAGACUUACCCAUAGCCCUCUACUUUUCUAAGCUCCAUGUACCUAUCCAAAAGUCUCUUAAAAGACCCUAUCGUAUCUGCCUCCACCACCAUCGCUGGCACCCCUCAAUGCACUCACCACUGAGUAAAAAAAUCUUACCCCUAACAUCUCCUCUGUACCUACUCCCAGCACCUUAAACUUGUGUCCUCUUGUGGCAAUCAUUUCAGCCCUGGGAAAAAGCCUCUAUCCACACAAUCAAUGUCUCUCAUCAUCAUAUAUACCUCGAUCAGGUCACCUCAUCCUCCGUCACUCCAAGGAGAAAAGGCUGAGUUCACUCAACCUAUUCUCAUAAGGCAUACUCCCCAUCUAGGCAACCUCCUUGUAAAUCUCCUCUGCACCCUUUCUAUGGCUUCCACAUCCUUCCUGUAGUGAGGCGAUCAUACAGUACUCCUAUAUAGCUGCAACAUUACCUCUCGACUCCUAAGUUCAAUUCCACGAUUGAUGAAGGUAUGUGAACACUUAAAGCAACCUGGCAAGUGUGGCCUUGAGGGUUGAAAGUGAAAGCAUUCCUACAGAAGACAUGAGUAUCAAGGCCUCAGCAUGUUCAGCCUGAAAGUAAAUGGCCUAUGAAUCCCAGUCAUUCUGGGGAACUUCAGCUACAUAAUCCAGAAGUACAGAGGAGUGCUACAAUGAAUACCAAGCAGAUUGAGGAGGAAGUGAAUGUGGUAACAUACAUAACUUAUCACUUCUCAUUUUGGACCCAUGCUAGGCAGACAGUGUCCUGGAUUCUUAGAUUUAAGGACUUACUCUUGUUUCUUAAAGAGGAAGCAUGUGAACAUCGCUCUUGUUCAGUGAAGAACAAGGGUCUUUUGGGGGGUGAGGGUGAGGAAAGAAGGACUAAGAAAGCCAAAGGUCAGAUUGGCUGCGAUUGUCUGUGUGUAGGAGCUCAGAAAGGCUGAAAUGCAAAUCAUUGGGUUUUGCCAAAGAAAGGUUCCUAGACGAAUUCACAAGUUUGCAAAGGGGAUAAAGUGUAACGAGGAGCAGCCAUAUUUUCAAGCUCAGUCCAGCACUUGAAGAUGGUGUCUGGAGUUGGUGGAUGACUUAGUAGGGCAGCUAUGCCUGAAGAGUCUAAACAUCCUGUUAUACUAGCAAAAGAUCUUCAUAUCUCAGACCUCAUUGGGAGGCAUGUACAUUGAAAUGGGACUUGGUGCCAUAGCCACAUUAACCAAAUGUGCCAAAAUACUGGAUUCCCAGUGCUGGUACAGCUACAAAAAGGAUCCUGUGUGUGUUUGUUGACAGUUACAUGCAGCCCCACGAUGCCAGCACGUGGCAGAUCUAUGUCCAGACAGGGUCUCUCCAGCUGAACCUCUAUUUAUACAUGUAGGUGUAGACUAUGAACCUUGUGGUAAAGACCAGGAGUACAGUGAAGAGGUAUGUGGUCCAGCUAUAUGAGCUGUUCACAUUGAAGUGGCAUCUUCUUUAGACACAGAUUCCUUUGUCAAUGCAUUUUGAUGCUUUAAUAGCAAGAGGAAGACAGGUAUGUGGAUUCUGCUCUAAUAAUGCAACAUGUUUUGUUGGAGUUGUGUGAGUUGCAAAAAGCCAUUGGGAAGUGGAAUCAUUCACGGAUCAGUGAUGUCCUUCAAGGCUCUAUAAGGCACUCAGGAGACCACACUUGGGAGUAUUAUGUGCAGUUUUGAGCUCCUUAUUGUGGAAAGGAUAUUGGAGAGGGUUCAGAGAAGAUUCACGAGAAUGAUUCCAGGGUUACUGUAUGAGGAAUAUCUGGCAGCUCUUAGGCUGUAUUCCCUGGUGUUCAAGAGAAUGGGGGUUCUCAUAGAAACAUUCCAAAUGUUAAAAAACAGAUUAGAUAUGGCAAAGUUAUUUCUCAUGGUAGGGGAGUCUAGGACAAGAAGGCACAACUUCAAGAUUGAAGGACGUCUAUUUAGGACAGAGAUGCUGAGAAAUUACUUUAGUCAGAGGGUGGUAAAUCUGUGGAAUUUGUUACCACGAGCAGCUGUAGAGGCUGUCAUUGAGUGCAUUUAAGGCAGAGAUAGGUUCUUGAUUAGCCAGGGCAUCAAAGGGUAUGGUGAGAAGGCAGGGGAGUGGGGAUGACUGGAAGAAUUGUAUCAGCCCAUGACUGCAUGGUGGAGCAGACUCGAUGGGGCGAAUGGCCCACUUCUCCUAUAUUUUAUGGUCUAAAAAGGAAUUAAUUAGAUUUUUAAUCCCUAGCUAGUUCACAUUAUGGAGGAACAUGGGAGAUUGAUCAGGUCUCUGUGAAAGAUCCUCAAUUGCAUCAUGAAGGUACAGAAUCUUAAUUGAAAGGGAUUCCACGGUCCUUUGUUUAGUAGAGACUACUAUCAAUGGUCAUCCAAUUAUUAAAGCAUCUCAAUGAUUUGGAAGCAUGAACACCCAACCAUCUGUCGCUCCUGAAGACUUUCAUUUUAGAUGAAGUCAGUCCAAAACAUGUCAGACUUGUUUUGGAAUUGAUAGAUCGAGGAUUACAUAAUCUACCACAGUUACAGAAACAUAAGAAAUGGUCAGGUAUAAAAUGCUAUUUCCUUCCAGAAGACGUUGAUGACUCAGCCCCUCAACUCAUGGACCGUGGGAAGAGUCAUUUGGGUCUGCUCAGACAAGAGGAUUUGUGCAGGAGGUGUGCUUCAAGAUCAGCUGUGUGGACGGACCUGUAACAAAAAUCUAUUCUCUACAGGAGGCAGAGAUUUGAGGAGUUACAGCUCCAAAAGAUUAAUGACUUUGACUUGACACAGUGGUGGUAAAGAUCACUCAGUACUGGUAACCUCUGGCCUAGAUGGCUGUUGUAUGACUUGACUGAAAGAAGGGGCAUUUAAUGUAAGUGCUAAGAUGUUUGUCAUUCGAUUUUUCAUGUCUUUUACUUUCUAAGUACAAGGUUAUAACUGUGUAAUAAUGAAGGGGCUGGGAUGUAGGAGCCAGGUCUGCAUUGUAUUGUGUGGUGCAUUUACUAUGGUAAUCUGUCAGAUGGGUUGGUGUGGAAAUACAAAUGAGUAUAGUUCUGUAUUCACGCUCGUGGUUAGUUGUCUAGGGUAGUAGAGAGGGGUUGAGCCAUGGAAUAUUUUUGUUGACUGCUGCUUGGGAUGUUAUUGGAAUGUUAACUAGAUUGCUAAUUUUGCGUAAAUAUGUAUAGAUUGAUAAUACUGGUAUCACUAAUUAGAAUGCAUAGUUACAAUGAUUUGAAUGCUAAGAUUGCUAUAUGGUAAAUUUCGUUAGUUUUAAUUGCUUUAAAAUUGUUUGGCUUUGGUUUCGCAAUAAAGGAUUGAAAGUAGCUUUUACAACUUUAGAACUUCAAUCAUAUAGUGUUGAUCUCCUGGCUUAGUCUCUCAGUAGUUUUGGUUUGUUUUAAAGUAACUGCUACAAUACUUUUGGCUGAAAUUGUAGGGUGUGGCCACCAAUAAGGUUUGACUUUAUUUUUAAAAAUCAAAGGAAUAUCAUUUUCCCUGAGAUUUUAUUUUGAGCCUAUUGGGUAGAUUCAACUAUCUUGUCACUACAGGCAAAUUUAAAAGCACAACUCUCACCUGGGGGCAUCUUAAAUAACAUGUAGAUUAGUCCAGUAGGAGGAGGGGCAAUACAGGAUCUGGUUUUGGGUAAUGAACCUGGCCAGGUGACUGGUCUCUUAUUGGGAGAAUAGUUAUGGAAAAGUGAUCACAACUAUAGAUAAGUAUGGAUCUUGCAGGAGAAUUAUUUUUGAGAUGAUGAAGGUAUUUGACAAAAAUAAAUCCAAUUCUCUACAACUUACAACCACAAACAAAUUGAAAUUUCUUAUGCAAUCAUGAAAACUUACAUUCUUUCUAAUCAAGACUGGUCUUUCUUGUAUGAGGCCAGUACACCAUCCUUAAAUUCACAUUUCUAAAUUUUUAAAUAACAGCACCCCCUUUGGGAUACCACUGCAAGUGUCAAACCUGAAAAAUCACCAUUGACCAUCAUGUUUGACACUUCCAAUGUUCUUUAAGAUCACGUACUCUGCUUUUCAAAUCACACACCAGCUGCUCAGCCUUCAUCAUGUUACUCAGUAAGUUCAAAUGAAACAAACAUGUAAUCUGCUAAUCCGUUUUCUUUCAAAUAAUAUGGUGGAUUCAAGAUUACUGUCUCAAGUUUAGUCAGCACUGACCUUGAUUAGUUGUAUGGAAACCAGGAUGGAGUUUUCCCUUUUAUAAACUUUAAUUCAAAAAUAUUUGGCUGGAAGUGCUUGCUAGUACUUACAUACCUUAGCAAUUCCAUCCAAUCAGGUGAUGAAUUUGAAUUGUUUUAAGUCAUUUUUCAGACUAGUGACGUUGUGGUAGUCAAUAGGUUAAUCAUAUAACACUCCCACAUGGGAGCUCACUUUGUACAAGCUGGGUUAUCAAUAAAGUUCAGGUGACUAUCCUGCAAGGCUGGCAUCUUGAUGUGCUCUGUACUGUCCCUAAAUUUUGGAAACCAAUGACAUUGUAUAAAAUUAGGUUGUAACUGACACUAAAUACAUUCAGCUGGUUGUAUGAACCACUCUCACACUGAACAUUCCUUUUCAAUAUAUUGAUUUAAGAUUUGGAAUAUGCUGUAACAAAAGGGCAAACAGAUGUGAUACUAACCUAUUUAGGGAAAUAGUUCAGACAGUCCAUUUUGCUCAGUGUUAGGCAAGAAGCAAUUGAAAAAAUUUAGAUUUCUGUGGCAGAUAAAAUGGGUUAAUAUACAGACCAAAGAAUACUGGCAGAACCAUUCUAGAGGCAAGAAAUCACUCAAUACUAAGCACUAAAUGGUUACUCCACCACCUAGUGAAACGCUUCAGGAAAACCUGUACUUUUUCCAGAUACAAUAAAAUUAGCACUUCAUUUAAAAAUUUUUGACAAAAAAUAUCUGGAGGGAUUCAAAGAAUAAAGCAAUCACUUGGGCAAACACUUAAGGAGCAACAGUUUUAAAGCAUUUCAUCAAUUUGUUUUAAAUGCAUUUUUUCAAUGAGAUAUUUAUAACCAUUCACACCCUUGGCAAAAUGAGAAAUUUGCCUCCAGUUCAUUUUAAGGUAUGGCCUCAGCUCAUUAAGCCAAUGAUCCAGCAGUGAUACCUAACUGAAUACAGAAGCUGGUACUAAAAUAAUCAAAUAGUUAACUGGAAUAUAAUCUGAACAGUUAAUCGUUCAUCAUUUCUCCACAGAAUGAACAAGAGUUAUCCUCAAGGAACCGAAAUUGAUUGAAUCAUUCUGAGACUUGUCAACAUCUUUCCUAUUUCAAAAUACAUCCAUCUAUAAUAAAAAUUAUAUAUAAUAAAAAAUAUAAUGAAAAAAUGGAAAAUAUGAUCAAUUCAAUGGGAAGAUUGAUGCAAAUUAUGCUUCCCUUUGUGCAUCAAUGUUUUUAAAGUAACUCUACAACCUUAGUGAUGGAAUAACUGGAGGUGAAAAGUGGAGGGAUAUUCUGAAUCAAGACCAUAGACCAUAAGACAAAGGAGCAGAAGUCAGCCAUUCGGCCCAUCGAGUCUGCUCUGCCAUCUUAUCAUGAGCUGAUCCAUUCUCCCAUUUAGUCCCACUCCCCCACCUUAUCACCAUAACCUUUGAUGCCCUGGCUACUCAGAUACCUAUCAAUCUCUGCCUUAAAUGCACCCAAUGACUUGGCCUCCACUGCUGCCUGUGGCAACAAAUUCCAUAGAUUCACCACCCUCUGACUAAAAAAAUUUCUUCGCAUUUCUGUUCUGAAUGGGCGCCCUUCAAUCCUUAAGUUAUGCCUUCUCGUACUAGACUCCCCCAUCAUGGGAAACAACUUUGCCACAUCCACUCUAUCCAUGCCUUUCAACAUUCGAAAUGUUUCUGAGGUCUCCCCUCAUUCUUCUAAACUCCAAGGAAUACAGUCCAAGAGCGGACAAACGUUCCUCAUAUGUUAACCUUCUCAUUCCUGGAAUCAUUCUAGUGAAUCUUCUCUGUACCCUCUCCAACAUCAGCACAUCCUUUCUUAAAUAAGGAGACCAAAACUGCCCACAGUACUCCAAGUGAGGUCUCACCAGCGCCUUAUAGAGCCUCAACAUCACAUCCCUGCUCCUAUACUCUAUUCCGCUAGAAAUGAAUGCCAACAUUCUUCUUCACUACCGACUCAACCUGGAGAUUAACCUUAAGGGUAUCCUGUACGAGGACUCCCAAGUCCCGUUGCAUCUCAGAACUUUGAAUUCUUUCCCCAUUUAAAUAAUAGUCUGCCCAUUUAUUACUUCUGCCAAAGUGCAUAACCAUACACUUUCCAACAUUGUACUUCAUUUGCCACUUCUUUGCCCAUUCUUCCAAUCUAUCCAAGUCUGUCUGCAGACUCUCCGUUUCCUCAGCACUACCGGCCCCUCCACCUAUCUUCGUAUCGUCAGCAAACUUGGCCACAAAGCCAUCUAUUCCAUAAUCCAAAUUGUUGACGUACAAUGUAAAAGAACACCACUGGUAACCGGCAGCCAACCAGAAUAGGAUCCCUUUAUUCCCACUCUCUGUUUCCUGCCAAUCAGCCAACGCUCUAUCCACGUUUGUAACUUUUCCGUAAUUCCAUGGGCUCUUAUCUUGUUAAGUAGCCUCAUGUGUGGCACCUUGUCAAAGGCCUUCUGAAAAUCCAAAUAUACAACAUUCACUACAUCUCCCUUGUCUAGCCUACUGGUGAUUUCCUCAAAAAAUUGUAAUAGGUUUGUCAGGCAGGAUUUUCCUUUAAGGAAUCCAUGCUGAGUUCUGCCUAUCUUGUCAUAUGCCUCCAGGUACUCUGUAACCUCAUCCUUGACAAUCGACUCCAACAACUUCCCAACCACCGAUGUCAAGCUAACAGGUCUAUAAUUUCCUUUUUGCUUCCUUGCCCCCUUAAAUAGCGGAGUGACAUUUGCAAUCUUCUAAUCCUCCGGAACCAUGCCAGAAUCUAUCGACUUUUGAAAGAUCAUCGCUAAUGCCUCCACAAUCUCCACAGCUACUUCCUUCAGAACACGAGGGUGCAUUCCAUCUGGUCCAGGAGAUUUAUCUACCUUUAGACUAUUCAGCUUCCUGAGUACUUUCUCUGUCGUAAUUGUGACUGUGCACACUUCUCUUCCCUGCCACCCUUGAGUGUCCGGUAUACUGUUGUCUUACUCAGUGAAGACUGAUGCAAAAUACUCGUUCAGUUCCUCUGCCAUAUCUCCCAUUACAAUUUCUCCAGCAUCAUUUUCUAUCGGUCCUAUAUCUACUCUCACCUGUCUUUUACUCUUUAUAUACUUGAAAAAGCUUUUAGUAUCCUCUUUGGUAUUAUUUGCUAGCUUCCUUUCAUAGUUAAUCUUUUCCCUCUUAAUGACCUUCUUAGUUUCCUUUUGUAAGGUUUUAAAAACUUCCCAAUCCUCCGUCUUCCCACUAAUUUUUGCUUCCUUGUAUGCCCUCUCCUUUGCUUUAACUUUGGCUUUGACUUCUCUUGUAAACCAUGGUUGCACCCUUUUGCUCAGUGCCUUUUUCAGGAUAGCACUGAGUCUUUACAGAAUAGUAAAACUGAUUCUGCAAUGGCGAUAUCACAGAAUUCGUGGCAAUAGCACUGGACCUGCAAGCCUGAACUGCAGUAUCUGUUGAUCAAGUUUACCCCUUGGUCAACACUGUUCAGAUUAUCAGCUUGCUUACUGUUUUGAAUAGCAGUGUUUGCCUACAGUAGUGAUCACAGCUCCAAAACACACGCAUCAGAUGUUAAUUUUUCAAAAACCCUUUAUAGAAUAACUUACAAGCUAAGAUACAAACUUAUUUCCAGGGACAAUGUCAGAACAAGUUAGAACUAGUAGUAAAGGUACUGUAACUCCAACCCUUCCAAAAAUGCUAAAACAUGGCUGAAAUUCCCUAAAUGUAUGCAAGUUUUAUACCUUAUACAGAAAUACUGUUUCCACUUGUGUAAAGUUCUAAACUAUUAAACCUAUUAGAAAAUUGUUGAUAACUAUUUUAAAGAGCAGUUUAAUUUCACUGCAUGACGCUGCAUACAAAUAAUGAUGCAAAAAAUAGAAAGGAACAGGAACAAGGUUUGGUAAAGCAGGAUGAGGGAAGAAUU